AUGUCUACCAGAUCCCACUGGUCACAUCCAUAUCCCCGGUCACUUCCACAUCCCCUGGUUAUUUCCAUAUUCCCUAGUCACUUCCAUAUCCCCUGGUCACUUCCAUAUCCCCUGGUCACUUCCAUAUCUCCUGGUCACUUCCAUAUCCCCCGGGCACUUCCAUAUUCCCUGGUCACUUCCAUAUCCCCGGUCACUUCAAUAUCCCCUGGUCACUUCCAUAUCCCCUGGUCACUUCCAUAUCCCCUGGUCACUUCCAUAUCCCCUGGUCACUUCCAUAUCCCCUGGCCACUUCCAUAUUUCCUGGUCACUUCCAUAUCCCCCGGGCACUUCCAUAUUCCCUGGUCACUCCCAUAUACCCUGGUCACUUCCAUAUCCCCUAGUCACUUCCAUAUCCCCCGGGCACUUCCAUAUUCCCAGGUCACUUCCAUAUCCCCCGGUCACUUCCAUAUCCCCCGGUCACUUCCAUAUCCCCUGGUCACUUCCAUAUCAACUGGUCACUUCCAUAACCCCGUCACUUCCAUAUCCCCUGGGCACUCCCAUAUCCACUGGUCACUCCCAUAUCCCCUGGUCAAUUCCAUAUCCCCCGGGUACUCCCAUAUCCCCUGGGCACUUCCAUAUCCCUGGGUCACUUCCAUAUCCCCUGGUCACUUCCAUAUCCCCCGGUCACUUCCAUAUCCCCCGGGCACUUCCAUAUUCCCUGGUCACUUCCAUAUCCCCCGGUCACUUCCAUAUUCCUUGGUCACUUCCAUACUCCCUAGUCACUUCCAUAUCCCCGGGUCACUUCCAUAUUCCCUGGUCACUUCCAUAUUCCCUAGUCACUUCCAUAUCCCCCGGUCACUUCCAUAUCCCCUCGUCACUUCCAUAUUCCCUAGUCACUUCCAUAUCCCCGGGUCACUUCCAUAUCCCCUGGUCACUUCCAUAUUCCCUGGUCACUCCCAUAUCCCCUGGUCACUUCCAUAUUCCCUGGUCACUUCCAUAUUCCCUGGUCACUCCCAUAUCCCCCGGUCACUUCCAUAUUCACUAGUCACUUCCAUAUCCCCUGGUCACUUCCAUAUCCCCUGGUCACUUCCAUAUCCCCUGGUCACUUCCAUAUUUCCUGGUCACUUCCAUAUACCCGGUCACUUCCAUAUCCCCUGGUCACUUCCAUAUCCCCUGGUCACUUCCAUAUCCCUGGUCAUUUCCAUAUCCCCCGGGAACUUCCAUAUCCCCUGGUCACUUCCAUAUCCCCCGGGCACUUCCAUAUUCCCUGGUCACUUCCAUAUCCCCGGUCACUUCAAUAUCCCCUGGUCACUACCAUAUCCCUGGUCACUUCCAUAUCCCCUGGUCACUUCCAUAUCCCCUGGUCACUUCCAUAUCCCCUGUCCACUUCCAUAUUUCCUGGUCACUUCCAUUUCCCCCGGGCACUUACAUAUUCCCUGGUCACUCCCAUAUCCCCUGGUCACUUCCAUAUCCCCUAGUCACUUCCAUAUCCCCCGGGCACUUCCAUAUUCCCAGGCCACUUCCAUAUCCCCCGGUCACUUCCAUAUCCCCCGGUCACUUCCAUAUCCCCUGGUCACUUCUAUAUCCCCUGGUCACUUCCAUAUCCCCG